AUGACUGACCCCCUGGCUUCCGACACGGUGCGCGUGCGACUACGUGAUUAUGCUAAUGUCGUCCAGGAUGUCGAAGACAACUUCCGCUCUGAUCUCGCGGUCCACCUCUACCUGACAUCACUCAUGCGCCGCGUGGAUCCGUUGAUUCCUCCAAGCUACUACUUCACUUGGCCUUUGCCUAAGGACAACAUUCCGGUUACCAAUACUGCCGCCGACUAUGUCGACUUGCGACAACAAGCCCCUCCAGAGAUUACCACGCGAUACUCGGUCGACGAUGAAGAACCCGUGGAAAUGGCCCCUCACGUCCGACGCUAUAAGUUGGUCAGACGGGAAUGUGACGUCGUUCAGAACCUUGAUAUAGAGCUUGGGGCACUCAUCGAGCGUAAGGUCAUAGACAAGUUGCACGACGAGAGUCCGCUUGACGGGGUAAUGAUGAAUCCUGGCACCCGACUCAUCAUCAAUAAAGUGAAGCGUCAACUUCACCGGGUGUUACAGCAUCUAAAGUGGAAUGAUCCCCCUCAAGGUACAUUCCAAGAUUGGCAAUCGGUACUUCUUGCGGCACUCAUGGCGGCAAGGCCCUUGGGAGAGUCAAUUAAUAUUCCGUUAUUCAAACAGCUCUGUUCUCGGUACAAUAAGCUUUACAAUGACAUAAGAUUCCCUUACAAAUACCAAAGUGAGGUCAAAUACGAUGAUGACGAGGAUGAUGAGGAAGAUGAAAAUGAAACUAAUACUCGAAAUAGUGACGAGAACGGCUCUACCGGAUUUGACGUAGUGGAAUACUUGAAGCGACUGCGAGAUGAAGUGGAUAAAACGUUCUACAAAUUACGGUAUAACAAGAUUAUCGAAUCCUACGACGAUUGUCGAGGUCGGCGGCUUCGAAGCAAUCGGCGGAACAUGAAAACUAUCAUGAAGACUCUAGAAGCUUUCGAACACAAUCGCCGUCUCCCGCCCUCGCGCAUGUCUCCUGUCUCUGGAUCUGACGCUAUGACUGUUCAUGGGUUGAAAUUGAAAACGUUGAACAAAAUCCCUGAUAUCGCAGCGAUGGAUUACGCGUACAAAUAUGACCCACCACCUCCGCAGCCUCCUAAGUUGGGGACUGGGUCUAGAGGGCCUAGAAACAAGAAGCCAGUGCAAGAGAACCAAACCGAUACCAAACCAGAUGUACCUGAGAGUGUGGAGACGCCCCAUGGUGCGUCCAUGUCAGGCCAGACACCGUCUACUAACGGAAAUGCCAAUGCGCUCGAACACCUCGAAUUUGUGUGGGAUCCAGCAUUAUCUACUAAUAACUAA